UAGGUCGCAUAUAUAUACUGUAUAUAUACAUAUAUACAAGAGAGAGAGUGUUCUUCUUACUGUAAGCCUGAAUUUGCCCGCAAUUCGACGUCGAAUCGAAUCGAAGAAGAAGAAGAAGAAGAAAUAAGAAGAUCUUAGAGAGAGAGAGGGCAACAUGAAGACCACAAAGGGAGGUAAAGUCAUGAACCCUACGGACGCCUAUCGCAAGGAGCUUCGCAAGAAGGAAUUGAAAAGGAACAAGAAAGAAAGGAAAAAGGUGAGGGAGGUGGGAAUUUUAAAGAAGGAUCCUGAGACGCUGAAAGAGCAGAUUGACAAGUUGGAACUGAUGAAGGCAGAUGGUGCUCUGGAUAAAGCUAGAAAACAUAAGAAGAGACAACUUGAGGACACAUUGAACCUUGUUAUGAAAAAGCGGAAGGAAUAUGAAGAGAAAUUGAAGGAAAAGGGUGAGGCACCAGUUAUGUUCAGUCAUUUAGGACCUCCCCGAAGACGGCCAACUGCAGAAGAAGAAGAAAGAGUCAAGCACCCAAAGCCUGAAGACUCGGUAUACUAUCAUCCCACACUGAACCCUACGGGAGCACCGCCACCCGGAAAGCCUCCCAUGUACAAAUCAUCAAUAGGACCCAGAAUUCCUAUAUCAGCAGCUGGAUCAAGUGGUGAUGCAUCAUCAUCAAAGUCAGAGUCAGAGGAUGUUGCUUUAGCAGUUCCUCCUCCGCCUCCACCUCCACCUCCACCUCCUCCUGAUGAUGUGGAUGCUGGUGAUGGCUCUAUUAGGCCUGCAUCUUUGCCUUUACCUCCUCCACCUCCGCCACCUUUUCCACCGCCACCUCCUGGACCCCCACCUAAAGAACAAGUUGCAAUACACCCACCCCUUCCUCCACCACCACCCCUCCUUCAUUCUACUCAGCCACCUCCACCUGGCACUGGGGGAAGUGAGAAAGAAAAAAAUGAUUUCGUGAAGUCAGAUGAUCGAACCUCCAAAGAGGCAGUCCAAGUGACUACCUUGCUUCCUCCACCUCCCCCACCGCCUGGGUUGCCGUUGAAGACAGCAAAUAAUCAGUCUGAAGGCAUACCAUCUGAAUCUGAUGACAAAAAUCCUUCAGGGACAAAGGAUCUUUCUAAAAUGGUUCCCCCACCACCUCCUCCAAGACACCAGCCUCCAGUGGCCGGACCUGCUCUGGUCCCGCCUUUUCAGCCUGAUGUAUUACCCCCAGGAAUUUCACGUUUGCCGCCACCACCACCUCCACCAGACAUGCGGCCACCAUUAGCUGCUGCUGGCCUUCCUGGAAUUAUGGUCCCACUAGUUCCAAGGCCACCUUUUGGACUUCCCCCUGGACCUCCUCCCCCCAUGAUGAGACCACCACUUCCACCAGGACCUCCACCUACUUUUCUAGAUGAUAAUGCUGCAAGGCCUUUUGCCCCUCAAAAGCCAUCAUAUAUCAAAUCAGCUGCAUCUACUGUUGUUAAGAGGCCACUAGCUCAGCACACUCCAGAGCUUACUUCCAUGGUUCCUGCAUCUGUUCGCGUAAGGAGAGAGACUGCUGUUCCAAAGGCAAAACCAAAGCCAUCACUCACAAACAUGGCACCAGGCGCCACACCAGUAGCUGCUCCUACAGUGGUGAAACCAGAGUCGGCAGCACCAAAACCACAGAGCAUUGAUGACUCAUAUACAGCCUUCUUGGAGGAUAUGAAAGCACUGGGCGCGCUGGAGAAUUGAGCUGAUUGUUACUGAUGCUGCGGAAAAAAAAAACGAAGUGUAUCGGCUUUCGGGAUGGACAUGGGGCUUCUUUGGAUGAAAUUAUUUGUUCGUUGUCCAUGGCCUCAAUUUCCUACUCUUUUACAUGGUGCUUCAUUUUACCAUUGUUUAUGUGCAACUCUGAAAAUUUUCCUCUUGUAAAAGAUAGGCUGACCUGGAGUAUGUAGAAAAUUGUAAGUAAUUCAAGUUUAUAGAUUUUAUUUUAAAA